AUGAAGGUAGAAGAGGAAGAUUUUACUUGGAGACAGGACACUUCCAUACAGAGAAGUGAUCCCCUCAGGCAGGAGCUCUCCCACCAGCUUUUUAGGCAGUUCUGCUACCAGGAUUCUCCAGGCCCCCGAGAGGCGCUAAGCCGGCUUAGAGAGCUCUGCCAACAAUGGUUGCAGCCAGAGACACACACCAAGGAGCAGAUCCUAGAGCUUCUGGUGCUGGAGCAGUUCCUGACCAACCGGCCUCAGGAGUUCCAAGCCUGGGCAUGUGAACAUUACCCAGAGAGUGGAGAGGAGGUGGUGACAAUACGAGAAGAUUUGGAGAGAAGCACUGAUGAAACAUUACUCUAG